AUGGCGACAGAACGCUCGCUGGCUGCGCUCCUGCGCUCAUUACAGUCAACUUCCAGCUUCGAAGAUGCUUCUGGUCUCCUUCCCACUGCGACCAGCUUCUUAUCUAUUCUCGGAAACCCCUUGAAUUUGAGUCUUCUCGCGUCGCAGCUUCUCUCUGCACCGGCGUUAUGGAAUCACCCCGUCGAUUUAUUCGCGUGUCGCAAGAUCCUGAGCGUCUUCAAUACGGCCGCCAUCGCAGUUCUCCAAAACGAUACCACAGAAGAAGCCCAGAUACCGCACGGUGUGGGCCGCAAUCGCCGCAUCGAACGUGAAGCAUGGGUCAAAGCGAUUGCCGAGGGAGCGGAUGACAAGUCCCCACGCUGGAGACACAUGCUCUUACUCGGCGGAAUACUGCUCGGAUUCGAGGGACAGAAUCGCCAGGGUCUGCCGUGGCAUAUUCGGACGAAAUUGGAGUCUGCGCUGGCGACCGCGGCGCAAUUAGCGUUGGAGGAAUUGGAUGCCGAGGCUGGCAUUGAUGGAUAUUGUAUCACCAUGGUGUUGAACUACACGUUUGAGCUUUUGUCGGAUACGCAGAGGAGUAAGCUGGAUUAUGAUUGCCUAUUGCCUAUUAUGGUGCGCUCCGUGUUUCAUUCUCCCGAGGGCUUGGAAGGUGGAUACUUCCUGGGCGCUAUUGAUAAAGAUGUCGUCGAGGCUCCGGGGAAGAAGUUCCGUUGGGCAUCCAACUCUGCGACGUUUGGGUAUGUGACUGCGGUGGCUGGGCGUCCCUUGGUCGGUGCACUUGGUCCAUUGUCCAGGCUAGUUGCGCAUGCCGUGGAGAAUGUGCGGGAUCCGAACCUGGUUGCGCAGUCGGUGGACUAUAUGGCGGAUUUCGUGCGGACGCUUAUGGUACAGUGGCGCCAAAAUAAGUUGUCCGAGGUUGACGUUGCGGAAGAGACCGAGUUCUUGGAUGCCGAGUCGCUGAAGACUACCAUCCCGGCUCUGUGGUCGCUUUUGCGGAACUGCAUGUAUUCGGUGGUCAUCGUUCUUCGUACCGUGCUGGGUAGAACGAUUAAUGAUCCGGCUCUUGCUGCUGGCAGCAGUGCACCUUAUCUUUGCAUGCAGUCUCUGCAUAUUCUUCGCAACUUAUACUUUAUCUCUUCUCGGACCGGCCAGAAUGGAUCAUCGCAGCAGAAUUUCGUGUUCCUGGCAGCCAUCGAUAUCCUUUCUCAAUAUCCCGACUUGGCUGAGAAUUUCCUGCGCAGCAUCAAGCCUAGUGACAUCGGUCAAAUCCCUGAUCACCCCGUGGAAAGAUGUCUCGAUCUGUUCUUCUUGAACACGGCGGAGCAUUUCCCAUUGGUCUUAAGCCCCGAGGCUAGCGAAGAGCUCCUCCUGUCGGCUGCUUUCCCGUACCUCGCAGCCGGUGCCAACAGUCUACUUCUGGAGAUUUUCGAGGCAGCUCACAGUUUGGUGCUUGUCGUCUUUGCUAUCCCCCACAACGCGGAAUUGGCUGCCAAGCAUCUCCCCUUCUACAUUGAGAACCUCUUUGCCGUAUUCCCCGAAAACCUAUCAGCCAGACAAUUCCGCCUCGCCUUCAAAACAGUCAUCCAAAUCACCGCACCCCCAUCCCCCUUAGCAAACAGCCAACCCCUCCUCCCAUCAAUCCUCCUCGAAGUCGUCCGUGACCGCGCCCUAACCGCCUCAACCAUCCCCAUCCCACCAAACACCCAAAACGGCUCAUCGCCAGACCAACCACCUCUCUCCGCCCAAGCCGUCCUUAUCCUCGCCUUAAUCGACUCCCUCUCUUUCCUCCGCGUAGACGACCUGAAAGAAUGGCUCCCCCUCACCGCGCAACUUCUCAAUGCAAUCCCCGAUCGGGGCAUGCGCCAUGUCUGCAUUGAUCGGUUCUGGGAGGCGCUGAGUGGUGGAGAGAUGGAUGUGGAUCGGGCUCAUUGCUGCGUUACUUGGUGGACUACCCGCGGUGGGCGGGAGCUUGUACUGUUCGGUGCUGAGCCUAGUUCCAGUGCGGGUCCGGAGGGGGAGGAGGGCGGUCCGUUUAUGAGUGGUGCUGUGGGGGCUGUGGCGCCGGAGAGUAAGUUGUGA